AGCACGGCACAGCACAGGAGCAGCAGCGGCGCCUCCACCACACACACACACACAUACAGUACACACACACACAUCAGCACCAUGAGGCGUGAACGGGCGCGUGCACAGAGACACCCCGCUUCCCCGAGCGCUCAUCAGCGUCACAUGCACGCGUAGUGGAUGACAAACACGCCGCGUUCAACACUGCGUUUUUCUUUUUUUUUUUUUUUGGUGUAACAAUUACUAUUAUUGUUGAAACUUUUACUUAGAUUGGACGUUUGAAGUAUGGCGCGCGGUGUUUAGAUCAUACAGCCAAGUGGUGCGAAGUUCAAACUCUGGACAGCGAUUGUGAUAUUUUCGUUUUUUUGGAUUUUUCUUUUUUUGAAUUCCUAUUUCAUACGUUAAAACAUGGACCGCGUGCGGAUUUUGCUCGUGAUGUCGCUGUGCAUCUCGCUCGCGCACUUGAGUGACGGCUGGAGGGCUCGCGCAGGUGGCCGCGAGCGGAGAGACGCAGCCGCCGUUUCAGUGCACGAGGUGUUCGAGCAGCUGCGAGCGCAGAGCCUAAACCGAGCUCCUGCAGGUCCGAGUCCCGUCAGAUCCCAUGCAGUCGACUCGGAUGAAAGUCUGCGAUCAGACACCGGAACCGCGCACGAUCCGUUACAGGAGGGAGACACCGGAGACGUCCGGGAGAAAACCGGUAGAAUCCCGAGACAAGCUGGCAGGAGCGGCGACUCUCACAGAGCGCGGAGCAUCAGCAGAGCCAGCACACCUGAGCGCGCGGAAAGCAAACCUGCUCAUCCAAAGCGCCUAGUCGGGCCACAUGUGUGUGGGGGUCAGCAGUGCUGUUCAGGAUGGGCUGUUGGACCAGGAACAAACCGCUGCAUCAAACCGGACUGCCAGCCCCCGUGUCAAAACCGUGGCUCAUGCAGUCGCCCACACACCUGUGUGUGCCGCUCGGGUUAUCAGGGACCACGCUGUGAAGAGGUAGCGCCUGAGCAGGUUUACAUCCGCACUGGCACGUCCAGAGUACUGAUGCCAGUCCAGCCUGGAACGGACACCGCACAUAAUCAGUCUGCCCGCAGAAGACCCACUGAGAGACAAGCGAGUGAAAGCAAUGUCAAAACCCAAACACCGAAGCCGCCAACUGGCAGAGCGUCCCAUUCGUCUGGGACCCAGGUUAGACGCGGGUCUCCCGAGGUCACGCAGCAUCAGACUGGUGCAGGACAGUCGCAUGUCUCCAGGACUGUCAAGCGUUAUCCUUCAUCUUCAGCACCAAUAACAUCAAACGCUCUGCCCAGUGCAAAUGCUCAGCAUAUCGCCUACGCUAGUGUCCAGCCGCAUGCCUCCGCCAACACAGUGCUUCCAGCAGGAGCGAACCUCACAGCCAAUGUGGACCGAAUCAAGAUCGUCUUUACACCCAUGGUGUGUAGGAGGAUUUGCUAUGGGGGGCAAUGCUACAAUAACUGCGAGCGUGGAGAUAAGACCACGGUGUUCAGCGAGAACCAGGGCCCGCCAGUCAAGACCCACGGCUUUAGACUCUUUUUCUGUCAGAUUCCGUGCUUGAACGGUGGACGGUGUAUCGGACAAAACGAAUGCUGGUGUCCAUCGAACUCCACAGGAAAGUUCUGUCACCUUCCUAUUCCGAGUCCCAGCAAACCCUUACCUGGUCGAAAUACCAAUAGCAACAAAGUACAGAACAGCUCAUUUCACUCCGUUUACACCCUGCCCCUUUCCAACCAGCAAGCGUCCCUUUUACCCUCGCUGGUGAAUGUGCAUGUCCAGCAUCCACCAGAAGCUCAGCUUCAGAUCCAUCAGGUUGCACGGGUCAAACCGGGCCAACAAGCUGAAACAGGACACUCAGUACAACAGCGCUCUCAGCCUGGCAAUAAUCAUAUCAAUGCCAAUGGGAAUGGCAAUGGACAGAACAGCGUGCACAGCGUGAAUCAGAACCAUGGGCUGAACCACCACAGACCACAUGUUAGGCUAAAUGGACAAGUGGGAAGGUGUUUCCAGGAAACAGUUGAUGGAAAGUGUGGGAAGCCUCUGCCAGGUCUUACCAAGCAGGAAGACUGCUGUGGCAGUGUGGGAGCUGCAUGGGGUCUGGACAAAUGCAUCGAGUGUCCCAGCAAACCGGCUUAUGCAGUGAUUGCAAACGGCCUAGUGGAAUGUCCUAAAGGCUAUAAAAGACUGAAUUCGACUCAUUGUCAAGAUAUCAACGAGUGUCUGAUUCCCGGUUUGUGUAAACAUGCUGAGUGUCUGAACACUAGGGGCAGCUACAGGUGCACGUGUAAACCUGGAUACAUGCUGGACGCUGCACGCAGUCAGUGCGUCUCGGAUAAAGCCGUGUCUAUGGAGAAAGCCUCAUGCUACCGCUUCAUUUCUCCGAGUUCUUGUAGCCAUCCAAUGGCUCAGAAAAUCACCAAGCAAAUCUGCUGUUGCAGCCGCGUGGGAAAGGCCUGGGGCUCGGCGUGUGAGAGGUGCCCGUUACCCGACACAGAUCACUUUAAGGAGAUUUGUCCAGCAGGCCACGGCUAUACCUACUCUCGCUCGGAUGUCCAUAUCACACUUCGCGAGUUGGAAGAUGAGGAGCGCUCAGAAGUCGACUCUGUCUUUUCUCAGGACCCCAUAUAUCCAGAGCCUCCUCAGACCCUGCCGGAGACAUCUGUUUACCAAAUACUACCACCCCGAGAACCCGUUCACCCCGAGAACCCGUUUUAUGAGCCCUCAGUGCCGUCUUAUCCUCAGACACCUGCUAGGCCUCAGCCACCCAGGACUGGUCACAUCCCUCUUCAUCCUCCUCCAGUCUACGUACCGGAGGGUGCUAACACCGUAAUUUUGGAACCAAUCCAUACACCGCCCUCAUACCCAGAUGUGGUGGAGGUCACCUCUAACUCUCCUACAUAUCUGAUGCCUGACGUGGACGAUCGUGACACGGCACCGAUCAACGUUGCCACUCAGGUUACAGACAUUGACAAGUGUUCGCUGACUCCAACAAUCUGUGGUGCAGGCCAGUGUGUGUCAGUGCAGACUGGCUAUACCUGCUAUUGUGACCCAGGCUACACCCUCAAUGCUCUGCAGACCACCUGCAUUGAUGUAAAUGAAUGCGAGAAUGACCCAUGUGGAAGAAAAGGCCACUGUGUGAACACUUUUGGCUCCUACACCUGCCAGUGCCUCCCGGGUUACAGCCUGAUCAUGACACAAAACAGAAAAUUGUGUCAAGACAUCAAUGAGUGCACCAUGUCUAACAAAUGUCCCAAUGGCCAGUGUAUCAACACUGAGGGGUCCUUUAUGUGUGAAUGCAGAAGUGGUUUCACCAGGAACCAGAGAGGAGAGUGUGAAGAUGUGGAUGAGUGCAGGAGCCCCGGUGUCUGCCCCAAUGGUAAAUGUGUGAACACACACGGCUCGUUCAAGUGCCAAGCAUGUGGCCCUGGAUUCAGGCCUGACGCUGGGAGAUGUCUGGACAUUAAUGAGUGUCAGAUGGCAGCUGUCUGUACAAAUGGUCGGUGUGUGAACACAGAGGGCUCCUUUACUUGUGCAUGUAACCAUGGAUACCAAACAACUCCUGACAAUAAAAGCUGCCAAGAUGUGGACGAGUGUCUGCUCCCGGACAUCUGUGCUCAUGGCACAUGUGUUAAUUUUCCGGGCUCACACAGGUGCAACUGUAACGCAGGUUACCAAAGCAGCCCUGAUGGCAAAGCUUGUGUGGACAUUAAUGAGUGUCAGAUGGCAGCUGUCUGUACAAAAGGUCGAUGUGUGAACACAGAGGGUUCCUUUACUUGUGCAUGUAACCAUGGAUACCAAAUAAGUCCUGACAAUAAAAGCUGCCAAGAUGUGGACGAGUGUCUGCUCCCGGACAUCUGUGCUCAUGGCACAUGUGUUAAUUUUCCGGGCUCACACAGGUGCAACUGUAACGCAGGUUACCAAAGCAGCCCUGAUGGCAAAGCUUGUGUGGAUGUCAAUGAAUGUACGGAGUCUAGCCUGUGUAUGCAUGGAGUGUGUGCUAACACUGUUGGCUCGUUUACCUGUACCCAGUGUGAGGUUGGAUACACUCUUUCUGAUGACAGAGAGAGGUGUGAGGAUAUCGACGAGUGUCGCACCUUGUCUACGUGUCAGAAUGGUGUCUGUCUGAACUCAGAGGGCUCGUACUCCUGCAUAAGUUGCCCCGCAGGUUUCACUGUCUCAGCAGAUGGAGAGCUAUGUCAAGAUAUUGAUGAAUGCCAGUCUCCUGACAUUUGUCUACUGGGUGCUUGUAUGAAUUCAGAGGGUUCUUAUUCCUGCACAACAUGCGAAUCAGGGUACAGGGUCUCUUCUGACCGGCGCACUUGUGAAGAUAUUGAUGAAUGUGAGGACAUGGCAGCCUGUCUGAAUGGACGCUGUACGAACACAGCUGGGUCCUACCACUGUGGCUGCGCUCCAGGCUUUGAGCUACUAAACUCUGUCUGCAAAGACAUCAAUGAAUGUGACGACGACAUGAUCUGUAGCAAGAACGGCUUCUGUGAGAACUCGAUCGGCUCCUAUUUUUGUCAUUGUGACCAAGGAUACGUCAGUAUACCCGAGGGCCAAGGUUGCGUUGAUGCAGAUGAAUGUCAACUGAGUAGUGAGUUGUGUGGUGAGGCUCAUUGUGAGAACGUGGAGGGAAGCUUCCUGUGCCUCUGCCCCACUGAUGAUGAGGAAUUCGACCCCAUUACAACACAGUGCAAACCCCGCCACAUGAUCUUACCAGACCCUACAGACGAACGGAGGAAGGAUUGCUACUACAACCUAAACGAUGCCAACUUUUGUGAAAAUGUGCUCUCUAGUAACGUCACCAAGCAGGAAUGCUGCUGCACUGUGGGAGCAGGCUGGGGAGACAACUGCAACAUCCACCCGUGCCCACAGAAAGGACAUGUGGAGUAUGCCGAGUUGUGUCCUCAUGGUCCUGGAAUUCUGCCCAGCAUCACUUCAAUCCAAGGCGUCAGUCACCACAUGACCAGAGAUGCAGAUGAGUGUGAGAUGUUUGGUCCAGAAAUUUGUAAAAAUGGUUAUUGCGCGAAUGUCUACGCCUCGUAUAACUGCUACUGUCACAGUGGCUAUUACUAUGACAAUGUCCGUAUGGAGUGUGUUGAUGAUGAUGAAUGUAAGGAGGAAAAUCAGUGUGAAAAUGGAGAGUGUGUGAAUACUCCCGGCUCCUUUAACUGCUUCUGCCCCCCUCCAAUGGUGCUGGAUGAAACACAGCGUCGCUGCAUCUCUGCCAACAACACAGAGGGUCCUGGCAGUUACGAGGAUUACAUUCACACAGACAUCUGCUGGCAGAAACUUAAACCUGAUACCACGUGUAUAAAUCCCAUGCAUGGUAUGUCGACUACCUACACUGAGUGUUGCUGUCUCUAUGGUGUUGCCUGGGGAUCGCAGUGUGCCUUCUGCCCUGAAAGAUCAUCUGAGGACUUUGCUUUAUUGUGUAACCUGAACAACAGAGGCUCUGACAGCGUACGGGAGCACCCAGGCUUUGAAUACGGACCUGGACCUGGACCUGACACCGCACCUGAGGGACACAAUCGUCAACCGUUCUGGGACUAUCCCGUGUUAGAACGUGAGACAUUUUAUGGACCUGAAAACUUUUUGACCGAGCCUACCUUUAUUGAUCACUCAGAUGAGUACAGCGCUAGAGACGGAGGACGUGUACCCGUGCCCAGACCAAGAGAGCACCAGCCACCCUUUCGAGUGCUGACCGACAGGGGUCAUAGUGCAGGAUUUGAGGGUCUGCAAGCAGAAGAAUGCGGCGUCUUGAAUGGCUGUGAAAAUGGCAGAUGUGUCCGUGUGAGAGAGGGCUACACGUGUGAUUGCUUCGAUGGCUAUGAGCUAAACUUAGGCAAGAUGGCAUGUAUUGAUAUAAACGAGUGUGAGGAUAUCAGUGACAAAGUGGAGCUGUGCAAGAACGGAGUGUGUACCAACACAGAGGGCUCAUACAAAUGCACCUGCUUGCCAGGCUUUUUGGCUUCUUCUAAGCCCCACGAGUGUAUCCCAGAAGAUCAAGAUUCUGUUGCCCACACUGUGGCAAACUGAUGCACUCAUGUCUCUCUCUCUGUCUCUCUUUCUUCUCCCUCCAUCACUUCUCUAAAGGACUGACACUAAACCUGCAUCAGUGAAGCCGAGCCAGUUGAGCUCUAAACAUGAGCAUACACUGUUACAGUCAAAAGCCCAUUCUGCCUUGUACAUAAAGAGAAAUUUUUAAGGAAGUUUAACAUGACCCCUAAAGUAAAACAGUUCUUGAUUGGUUCUCAUGCUUAAAAUCAUUUGCACUGCUUUCCCGAAAGUCACCCUAAUAGAGAUUAUCAGUACUUUAUUGACCAUUUACAAACUGGAUUUGUUAUUAGAGGUUGUUCCAGCUCAGGCUUGUGGGUUAAGGCUUCAUUGAGAGGGUUUGGGAUUUUUGUACAGAUCUAGUACUAUGUAUUUAAAAUUGGUUUGUUAUAUAUUCUAAUAAACUCAUCCAGUACACUCAAUAUUUUGUUUGACCAAAAAAGGUACAAAAAAAAAAAAAAUUCUGAUUAACCCUGUAGAUUUAUAGAUUUCUGUACAAAUGUUUUGUAGCACUAUCUUUUAUGUAUGGAAAAAAAAAGGUUUACACUGUAUCAGAUAAAGUGUAUGUAUCCUGCCCUGUGGAGCAGACUAUGAAAUGUUAUUUUAUGGAAUGACUGCACUUUUUAACUAAUGUUAUGUGGUGCCUUCAAUCCAGCGAACACCUAGUUCAGAGAUAUUCAGCAACGCGUAAGCGGCACAUUUGCUUGAUAAUCAUAUAGUCUACUUUGAACUGAAGUACUUGCAUCCAUUAUUGCUGGCUAGACAUUCAAAAAGCUGCCUUAAACACAACGCAAACCACUUUUCAACAAAAUAUUCUGUCCUGCUGUUGAGCAAUAUGACAUGUAUAUUAUAACACAUUAAACAUUUUACUACAUGGAUUAUAGCAGAGCAUAUGCCCAAACCUGAAUAUUACAGAAUAAAUACACAGACAGGUGAGAAAUGAAUGAGGGGUAAAAAAAAAACAAAAAAAAAAACAUUAUUGUGUUAGGGUGUUAGACCACAAGAGCUCGCAGAACAGCUUUAGUGAGAUAUGGUACAGAUUCAGAUGAAUCAGUUUCUAUAAGGCACCAAUCAAUAGCUACCAACAUCUCUUGAUAUAAUAAUGACCAGUUUUCCACAAUAAAGAAGAGAUGUUAUAUGCAUCAGUAUUCCCUACCAUUUUCAGUGAAGCCUUGGUAAGAAACGUGCAACCGCCUUCUCUUGGGCUUAAUACACAUCUUGAAAUGAAGUUAUCAUUGAGUUUGAUUUUUGAUAUUUUUGGAAGGCAUUUUUAUACUUAGUGCAUCAUGAAGAUGGUUAUGAGUAGGUUGUAGGAAUGAGCCCUUUUUAGGGGAACUGUGGUGCAUCCUGUUUUGUUCAUUCCACUUAAUUACCUCUGACUGUAGUUGUUUCUGGACAAUAAAGUCUGAAAAUGACA